CUUGUUAUCCUGCAUUUCAGUUCUUGCAUACAAUAGACCAGGAAGUCUUCCCAUUUCAUAUGCAGACAGCAUUGCAUAGACUCGGCUUGAAAUGUUCUGGACGAGGUAAAGCCAGCAUGUGCUUACUUCUGCUUCUUGUUAUCCUGCAUUUCAGUUCUUGCAUACAAUAGACCAGGAAGUCUUCCCAUUUCAUAUGCAGAAAACAUUGCAUAGACUCGGCUUGAAAUGUUCUGGACGAAGUAAAGCCAGCAUGUGCUUACUUCUGCUUCUUGUUAUCCUGCAUUUCAGUAUUGUGGAGGCGGGGAUUUGCUAUUCAUCAUACGCCUGUAGUUAUACAGGUUAUGAAUCACAAAGUUACAAAAUCCAAUGCGGAUGGUUUGACUGGGAUAGAUGUACGAGAUACAGGUCCGCAGCAAAAACCUAUUACAGAAGAUGUUACACUUCGCAUUGCUGUUCCGGAUACACCGGAUCAUCUUGCUCACAAGCUAUAUGUUACGGUUCUACUUCUUGUCCAAAUGGAGGAUCAUGUUCCUUACCAAACACGUGUGUGUGUGCUCCCGGAUUUGGAGGUCCGCAAUGUGCAGAUGUGAACGAAUGUCAGCUGGGAACACACACCUGUCAGCAGCUGUGUACAAAUACAUUUGGAUCAUUUACCUGCUCAUGUAGAACAGGAUACACUCUAAACAGCGAUUUGAUAACAUGUACAGAUGUGAACGAAUGUCAGCUGGGAACACACACCUGUCAGCAGCUGUGUACAAAUACAUUUGGAUCAUUUACCUGCUCAUGUAGAACAGGAUACACUCUAAACAGCGAUUUGAUAACAUGUACAGAUAUUGAUGAAUGUGUAGACAGUAAUGGCGGCUGUAGUGAGUACUGUAGAAAUUUAGAUGGAUCGUAUGAAUGUUACUGUAAAACCGGAUUACAUGUAGCAAGUGAUGGAAAAACGUGUAUAGAUAUCGACGAAUGUUCUUCAAACAAUGGUGGUUGUGAACAAGUUUGUAAAAAUGACCACGCAGUUUUCCGAUGUGAAUGUUAUUCGGGAUUUAGCAUUGAUACAGAUGGACAAUCAUGUCAAGAUAUUGAUGAAUGUCUUGGAUCUAACAAAUGUACACAGUCAUGCAAUAAUACAAUUGGGUCUUAUACCUGUAGCUGCAAUCAAGAUUAUCAAUUAGAAAGUGAUGGUUUUACAUGCACUGACAUUAACGACUGCGUUGGGGUAAGAUGCUUAAAUGACGGAAGUUGUUUAGAUUUCCCAGGAUUAUACACUUGUAAAUGUAAACAGGGAUUCGAAGGAAAACACUGUGAAACAGAUAUCGAUGAAUGUUUAUAUUUAAAUGGAGGAUGUGAAGAUCAGUGUGAAAAUAUAAAUGGAUCUUUUCAUUGUGAAUGUAGGGGAAGUACAACUUUAGAUAAAAACGGUGUUUCUUGUAGAGGUGACACCGAUCAGCCAACUGUAUUUCAAACUCAUAAGAUUGCACGGAGGCUGCUUCCACGUGGAUGUGCUUUUGUAAAUCUCAUGUCCUGUCAAGGCGUUGGCAACGGAUUGGAAAUUAAACUAUCCUCUACUGAUUCAUGGUAUCGACUUAAUUCGAAUUCCAGUGUUCAUUAUACAUAUGGUAUUGUUUUUGCUGAAGCCGAAGAAUUUUCAAUUCCGAUUUCAGUCUCAGGAUUAGUUGUAGCUACAACUUCCUUUAGUUUUGAAUUAUUUACUGGAUCAGUGCUGUAUCUAGAGACAGACGGUACCAAACUGUCUGAUAUGCACGAUGAUAAUUGCCUGUUAUUUAAUACAACACCGAAAGAUAUUUACGACUUUGUGUCGUCAGGAUCUUUUAUUGGUACAGUGUUCGAUAGUCUGAGAAAUAAGCUUCCAUCUUGGUUACAGUUUUCAAAAUCUGGUGUUGGGUUACUUUCGGUAACUGAUCUUAAAACUCAUUUGACCUACGGCAACAAUGUUGACAAAUUUCAAGAAUGUUAUGGCGCCCCAGUUUUCAACAAUCGCUUAUAUAACGUAUUUAUAUUUGGUAGUGAUAUAUCUUUCAGUAUUUACGGCGACCAAAUUCAUAUGCCGGCUCCCCUUCGAAAUAACAAGUUUUGUGUGAUUGUGGACAUUUGUCAGAACUUAGGCGGUACAAUAUUUAUAAUGCUUCCUGCAGAAACUGGCGCAGAACUGAGUAAAGUUGGAAUAUUUAGCGAUUUGACCAAGACAGGGUUAACGUUAACACCACGAGGAAUAGGAUUAUCUCUUGGGAAAGAUAUAAAUGUUCAUUACAAAACAUCUGAGCUUGAACUAUGGAAUGGAGAUGAAAUGUUCUAUUACAGAGUGUUUGAAUCAGCUAAUGUCUGGCUUUACGCUGGUAUAGAAUACGCAUCAAGAAGUGACUCCCUAAAUAUAGAUUUAAAAGGAGAAGCAGAUAUAUUUUUAGCAGUUCCAAGUGUGUCCAGUUUACUUAUAGAUAUAUUUAUGGAACAAUGGAAUGGGCUGUUGCAAUUCAAACAUUUCAGUAUCAACCCAACAGUACGGUUAGAUUUUUGGAGACUAAACAUAACCUUUGUUAUAAAGACUAUCGCUAGUUUGGAAGUCUACACCUCAGUUGGAGGUGAGGACAAUAGAAUUUGGUGUGGUAAUGCAGCUAACCCGCCGGGCAUAUUUGCAUCUUUCUUGGUGGAUUAUAAUCCUUUCAAGAGUAUUCCAUUACUUGAAAAUUGGAUGUUUGCAGCAGCAGUUAAAAUUCAUGCAUUUGUUACUACAGAGGAAAAACUAUCCCUUCAAACAGAAAUAGAUGUUGUUAAUAACAUAUUACAAACUAAAGACAUUGUGGAACGAUUUCUAAAUUUGGUUGAUGAUUUUCGCAAUGAAUCUAUCGAUGCUCUUUCCGGUGACUUACAACAACAAUUGAGUAAGCUUUCAUUUUCAGUAUCAGAGUUAAGUUCGAGUCUUACUGAUAUAUUGAAUAGCCAAUCUUCGCUACAGAAUAUUUCAACAAGUAUGAAACUAUUAUGGGACAAGUUUAUAACAAUUAAGAAAACAACCAGAAAAUUACUCGACGAAUUGGAGUUUCAUGCAGGCAAAUUUGUUGCAAACUUGACUAAUUUACUUGAAUCUGAAAUUGCAAGAAUUGGCCGUAACAUUAAUUUAACUAUAUCUCGAAUUACUUCAAAGGUCUUUUCGUUAGUAAAAUCUUACACAGGUGCUGGUUUUCGUUUUACUGCUUUUGUAAGAAUAUUUUCCUUGGACUUCUCAUCAAUGGGAGUUGAGCUUGUUCAUUCAACCCAACGCUUAGGAGAGUGCAACAAAUUUAGAAAAGUGUAUGAACUUUUACACGGAGAACCAGCUAUUAGAGUACUUGCUAGAGGCAGUCAUCCGAUUAAACUUGGAUAUUUUUUGUCCCUGGAAACUGUUGCUCUGAGCAUAGCAAUCGGCAAUGGCAAGUUUGUUGCACAUGCUCACAUUGAUGUUUCAGUACUUGGAAUGAAGGCCUCUGGUGAUCUUUUUAUCAGUAGCAAUGGACUUUACGUUGUUAUAGAAGGUAACAUUUGGAAUAUUUUCCUGGCAAGAGUAACACUGUCUGUAGAACUCGGGCGCAAAUGGUAUGAGUUAACGUUUGCUUUGAAAGGCAUAUUAUUAGCAACAUCACACAAACUAGGCUCUACUACAGCUGCAAAUUCUGAUUUUCAAGUUAGUUAUCUCACUGGUCUUCGGUUAUUUGCUACAAAAUUAGCCAAUGAAGCUAAUAAAAGAUUGACUGCAGUUCAAAAUGGCUUAUCUUCUGCUCAAAAAGCACUAACGCGUGCCCAACAGAAGCUGAGCAAUGCUCAAAAUAAGGUCAGAGAUUGUCAUUCGUCAUUUGAUAAUGCAAUAAGUAAGCUAGAAACAGUAAAACGAAAGGUAGAUGAUGCCAAAAUUCCUUUUGAGAGAGCAUUAGAAACUUUACGAAAUGCCCAGAGAAAAGUUAAUAACCUGUGUAAAAUUAGACACUGCUCCUAUUUAUGCAUUCCAGGAUUCCGACUCAGAACUUGUGGCGGAUGGAUAAGAUAUCCCUGUUUUAAGUAUACCAGUUGCAUGUUUAAAGUUCCAAAUUUGUUAUGUGAAGCAGCAAAUCUUUUCUGCCGAGGUGUAAGAGCUCUCGCGUACAUUGCUUUAGAAGCCGCUAAGAUUCUGGUUAGGGUUCCAAUGAUAAUUUUUGAGACUGUAAAAGCUGCUCUAACAAUCGCACAAAAUGUGGUAGAUAAUGCUAGAGUAGUCCUUUAUGUAGCAGAAGGCAUAUUAGAAGUUGCAAAAUUCGGUCUGGAGGCUGCUAAAGGUGGUUUGGAAGUUGCCAAAGGUGCUAUUGAAGCAGUAAAAUUUACUGUUAAGGCUGGGUUAUAUGUAUUUGAUCUAAUCGUUCUUGGAAUCCAACAACUAAUUGAUGUUAAAAAUUGUGGCUUUGAAAUAGAAAUGUCUACACAUGAUAAAGCACUGUUCGAGGUAAGUUGUGAAGUAAAAGCGUUCGGAUUAGGUUGGACGACCUUUCGAUUUUGGUUUGAUUUCAGACAUCCCGUGACAAGUAUUUGGCGUAUAGCGAAAUCAACUGUGAAAACACUUUUUAAAUCAGUUACAAGUGUUUUUGGUAAACGAAAAAGAAGAGACGUUUCUUUCAAGGCAGUCUCAAAAAUUCACCACAUUUUAAGAUUAUUUAAAAGAGAUACAUUUGAUAACUCAAAUAAUGAAACUAUGUAUUUGAAUGACACAAUUUUCCAUGAUGGAAAUUGGACAUCAGAUAUCGAAUACACAAUUGAAUACUAUGAUCGAAUAAGGUACUUCGAGCAUAAUUGUAAGUUGUUCAACAAUGUUCAUUCUUUUUUAACAACUUCUUUCUAUUAUUUUCUCAAUAUAUCAGAUGAAACCGUCCGUGCGUUGAAUGAAAGUACUCAUUAUCGAAAUGAAAUUCAAAACAUUACUAUGUAUUCAACUGUUAACAGCAUGACAUUAGAAUCUGCAGGCAUAAGUGAAGAGGUCGCAUAUAACGAUUAUAAUUUAACAAUUAAUGAACUAAAUGCUGUGAUGGAAGAUGUUAAAAUAAACUUGAAAGAGGACCCUGUAAUGUCCGAAAUCGGAAACGUGACUGAGUUAGCAUAUAGGAUGGUAGACUCUGGAAUCGACGAAGCUAAUUCCCUUCCACUGAUUAAUCUUUGGAUGUUGGGAAUGGAAAAUUUUACCUUUGAUUUCUUCGAUGAAAAUGACUGUUCUAACUUUCAAGACUGUCUUCAACAUGCUUUCUCGGUCUUUUACGAUCUUUUUUCUGACGAUUCGAUAGAAAAUACAGAGUUGAAUAGAAAUUUAACGGUCACAAUUGAAGACAAUAUCUUGAUGCUUAUUUUAAAUGAAUCGCUUUUGAUUCAAGAUAUGUAUAAAUUAAGCCUUGAGAUCAAUGAUAGCUUAAAUGACUUAAUGGAGGCAAAUAUGUUUUGUUCUACACCACCAACAUUUUCUUCCCCUUUACCUAAUACAACUGUGUUGGUCGGAGACUAUCUUAGCCUUGUAUGUAAUGCUACCGGAGAUCCAGAUCCAGCAAUUUCCUGGUUCUUUAACGAUAAACGUCUCAAAAAUGAAACAAAUCCUGAGCUUAGAUAUGAUGAAGCAACUACAGUGCUGAGUGGACUAUACAGGUGCAUAGCUGAAAACGUGGUCUUGAAUACAACUUCAGAUGAGGCAUAUGUUAAUGUCAUAGAGUGUCCAUUGGGUACAUUUUACGAGUCCGGUUUAUGCCUCAAAUGUCCAAAGGGUGCAUUCCAGUAUAAAUGGAACCAACUACAAUGUGAGAAUUGUAAAGACGGCUAUACAACGCUGACGACUGGCUCUGUAUAUUACACAGACUGCUAUGAUAUUGAUGAAUGCAUUACAAACGUGUCCAGAUGUGAACAGAGUUGCAAAAAUACAAAUGGCUCCUUCACUUGCAGUUGUAAGUGGAUCUAUGAAUUGGCUCCAGACGGAAAAUCUUGUUCAGAGCUUAGUAUGUUGUUAAAGGUUAUGGUUUGUACAUUUAUCGGUAUUGCAGCCUUAGUUGUUGGUGUUAUUACAUUAAAGAUAUGGAAAGGAAGACAAAUGAAAAACAAUAAAAUAAGGCCAACAUUUAUAAUUGUUUGUGAGAGUAUACAAUCACCACCAAAGGACCAUAGUUUCAUACUGAAUAGGAAAAUGGAACUAACAAGUCACACAUGACAGUUUUAUUCAUACCAAUUACUUUUGACUCGAAGGUUUUAUUUAUACCUACAUUAGUUUAUGUUUGACACAUCAUUUUAAAUUUGUAGCACGAACUUACGCAUACUGUUUUAAGAAAAAAUGUCUUGUAUUUCGAAAUAUCGCUUGCUUACAAAAUUAAUGAAUAAUAGUAACGUUUUUUUAAACUAAUGGACGCAAAUGCUGUUUUACUAUUGAUUGGAAAUACUAAAGGUUGCAGUUCUGUAAAUAUAGACAAUGCAAUUUCCCAUAGGAACUCCUUUUGCGGCUUAAACUGUGCCAAUUUACUGUGAAGUUUCGUAAAAAUUCAUAUCCUGGAAUGGAAAGUUCAUAAGCACUACUAUUUUGGCAAAGGUCAAUACAUAGGAUUGUGCAGCAUAUUUUCAAUAUUUAUUGGCCUUGAACUUUUAAAAGUUUAAACUUAUACUAAAAUACUGUACUACCCUUUACUUCGAGUCUUCCUAAGAAUUCAAUUUGUUUGCUAUCCAAAAUUUCUGAUACUGGUAAAAUUCCAAAGUUAUGUUUUUAUGAGAUGAAGCAUGGAGAUCAUAUCGGGAUACAAGUAGGUAAACAGAAUAAAAUAUCUAUGAAUAUUAAAAAAUCUCCCCAAAAAGAGGAGUAGUGUGUUAAUCAGCUGUUUCUACAAUCAUUAACAUUGUAUGUUGAAUUAUUGUGUUUUCUUCUAUGGCCUUUGUUAAUUGGUUUUAGAGAAUACAAUAUCUAUCUAUCUAGUACAAAGUGCAACCUAUACCAACAUUUAUUCAAAUAGAAAAAAAUGUAAAAACUCUUUUAAUCAAAACAAUACUUAUUUAUCAGAAUCAUAGCCUAAACGAAAUCACUGCAUACAUAUAUUUUUACAGUACAUUAAAUACCCAAAACCUCAGUUUCAAUUUUUAAAGAAUUUGAAAACAAGACUUUAAUUAUUGAAACUAGCUGUCAGUAACUGCGAAUAUUCUCAGAUCUGUACUUAGUGUCUUUUUGUUGUAGGGAUGUAUAAGUACCCGGCCACGUCCACUCUGUGUUUUUGUUAUAUGUAUUUCUGUGUGUAUCCAUCUGAUGAGUUAAGCCUUUUUCAACUUAUUUUUAUAGUUUGUUCUUAUGUUGUACUGUUACUCCACUGUCCCAGGUUAGGGCACUAGAGCACACAAUAUAGUAAGUUUUAUAGAGGCUUUUUUAUUUUUUGAUCUGCUUGUCGCUUGCAUGUUUGUUAUUUGUAUGGCAUAUUUGUAUCACUCAGAAAUGUGUCCAUCCCCCCAAACGUGCCCGAUUCCCCCAUACGUGUCCAUGUGACGUCAAUGAACUGCAAAACAUGUCUAGUUGCUAAAGGGUGCAAAAACGUGUUCUGUUUAUGAAUGCCCAAUUGUGUCCAUUUUAAAAAAAAAAACGCCCAAACAUGUCCAGUUCAUACAAAACCGUAAGGUCUCCUUUUUAAAAGCACAGAAACCACAUCUGCAGGAAGCCUAUUGUACAAUACCCUCAUACAUUAUAAAGAUAUGUAGGCAUCACCGGAGAAUAUUAGUACAAAAGAAUUCAUUUAGUAAACGAUGAUUUAAACUAUACAAAAAUACUCAAUUGCAAUUUGUAUGUUUGUUCUAAAUAUGCAUGAUAUAUUUGCCACUGGACAUUAAACAAUCAACAGUCAAUGGUUAAUUAUGUGUUGCAAAUUUAGCUUGCAAUUAUGCUUAAUUUAGAUAACCGGCGUUGAACAAACUAAUGCUUAUAAAUAAGCACUUGGAAGAUAAAAUGUAUUAGAUUUCUUAAUUGCGAAGUACCUCAAUCUGAACUUUAAAACAAUGAUAAUUUUAUUGAUGAAAAAUUAAUAAAACCGCUGCACGUAAAAAUGACUUUUUGUUGUGCCAUUCUUUUUUAACCUGGUGUCUUGUUUAUUUCAAAGCAGAAGUCACUGUGCACAGUGUACCAUAUCUUGGACAUUGGUCUAUACGGAUUACUACACCUUUUCUCCAGAUGACCUUGGGUAGCUGUUUCGAUUGUUUUUAGAAUUCAACCGAAAUCCGACGUCUUCUAUCGUAUCCCACAUCAUUGACUAGUCUAUUGCCGUAAACGUUUUUGACUUCACGGAGUAAUAUUAGCGUUAAAAGUUUUGGGUGGAACUGGCGUUUUAAACUGGACACGUUUUGUCAAAUAACAAAUAUCGGACACGUUUGGGGAAUGUGAAGUCGGACACGUUUGGGCGAUUCAUGACUUAAAGGACACGUUUAGGCGAAAUAGAAACGUUUGGGGGAAUCGGACAUGUUUGUGGUGAUGGACAUGUUUGCGAGUGUUACAUAUUUAUUGUAACAUAUUGCCAUUUUGUUUGAUGUUUUAUCUUAUCGUUUGUUUUAUCAAUUGUUGCCACUAGAUGAUAAUUAUUUGUUGUUUUAUUAUAGUUUUCGUGACAACUAUUUACUUACAGCAGUAUAUAGAAUUAUUUAUGAAAUGCUUUUUUAAUUUCCUUAUCAAUAUACGUUAGUAGUGUACAUGGAGAAAUAUUCGCUUUCCGCUUUUAUUCUAAUAUGAUCUUACCUGAUAUAGUUUUUAGUGUUGAGUGCAAAAUGAAGUAAUGCACAGUUUUUACAAGUCAAUAAAAGAGUAAACUCUAA